AUUUAUUCAAAGUUAAAGUUAAUAUUUAGAAUUUUAAAAUCUAUCUAUCUAUCAAUCUGUUUUGAAACAAAUUUCUAUUAAAAAAUGAGUAAAAAAGAUUUAAAGGAUAUUAAUUGGUAAUCUUAGAUUUCAGAAUUAGAGUAAUAAUAAUAGCAAUAGAAUAGCUUUGAUUCCAUGAUUCCUAGUAUUUAAAAAUUACUAAUAUGGCUCAUUUAUAUUACUGGCUUUGGAAUGGUUAUUUUCCCCUACUUUGCUUUAACUCUUGAUCCUAAAUUCUCAAUUCAUUUCUGGAUUUUAACUGGAAUAGAUUUUGGCCUCUUUGUCGCAUUAUUAAAUUUCAAGAGAUUUGUUGUUUCUGGAAAUACUCUAUAAUAAAAUGAUGAAAUUGAUGACAAGAAAUAAGACGUUGUAUCAAACGAAAGUAAUAAUUCGUCAAAAAAAUAACAAAAUUAGUAGAAAAAAAUUAAAAAGAAUAAUUGA